AUACUUGUCAUUUGAUGAUUACGAAGCUCUUACCAAGUAAAAAUUUUAGUAGAGCAAAUUGAAAAAAGUUUAGAUCCACUCCUAAGUGGUUAAUUGGAGUUUUGCAUGUAAAAAGCAGACAAAUUAGUGAAUCUAGAGAGAAAAUGAAGUGAAAUUUUGGUUAUUUUGUUGACAUCCCACGUUCCUACAUAUUCUUCCCUUAAACUUCCCGGCGGUUCCACCGGCUCUGUACACUUUCUUUUUCACCCUUUCCCCGACAUCUCAGCCACUAAUGUACUAAAAAGAAAAAUCAAAUGCUUACCAAACGUUCAAACAAACAUAUUAAAGUUUUAAAACUUCACUUUUUUUAUUUCAUCACAACAAGCUUAGUAGUAACUCACUUGAUAUAAAUGGAGCAAUAAAUAACUGUGCAAAAUUGCAUUUUAUGCAAGACCCCAUUUCCCUUUUAGCCUAUUUGUUUUGAAUUUUUGUCUUUAAUUUUGUCCAUACAGAAACCCCACCUCAUCACUUAGCUGUACUCAACUUAAAUGUUCUCUGUGGGAACACAUUUCCAUAAACCUCCAAAAAAAUUUCAACUUUUUAUUUUGCUAGUUCCUUUUUUUUUUUCCUUUCUAUUUUGCUAAUCUUGUUCAUCCCAAGAUUUGAUUUUUGUUUAGUUGUAAGCAGAGAGAUGAGUUUGAGUGAAGAAACAUCUCCAAGAAUCUCCAGCACAAUGACCCACUUAAAGAUUUUCAAGAAACUCAAGGGGUUUAAGCCUUUUGAGCCUUCACCAGGUGUUCUUGGAUGCUUCUUUUUUACUGUUUGCUUGUUCUUGUGUCUCUUCUUAUUGGAUUACAGAACAGUAAACAAAGGGCCUAGGUUGCAUCAGCCAUCCUUGUUUGCUACUUGGAUUGGGAUAAAUGGAUCCUCUUUGUUGUAUAACAAGACUGAAAAAGCUGAUUUUUUGGAAAGGGGUGCUGAAAGUUGUGACAUUUUUGAUGGAAAUUGGGUUUGGGAUGAAAGCUAUCCACUUUAUGAAUCAAAGGAUUGUAAUUUGUUGGAUGAAGGUUUUCGUUGUUCGGAGAAUGGUAGGCCUGAUAAUUUCUAUACUAAAUGGCGUUGGCAGCCUAAAAAUUGCAACUUGCCCAGAUUUGAUGCAAAAAUUAUGUUGGAAAAGCUGCGAAACAGACGGGUUGUAUUUGUUGGGGAUUCAAUUGGAAGAAACCAGUGGGAGUCUCUUCUCUGCUUGUUGUCUUCUGCAGUUGCUGAUAAAAGCAAGAUAUAUGAAAUUAAUGGAAGUCCGAUCACAAAGCACACAGGUUUCUUGAUUUUUAAGUUCAAGGAUUUCAACUGCACUAUUGAGUACUAUAGAGCUCCAUUCCUAGUGUUUCAAGGUCGUCCACCUUCAGGGGCUCCCCAAAAUGUUAAAUUGACUUUGAGACUUGAUCAAAUGGAUUGGAGCUCUGCUCAAUGGAAAGGGGCAGAUGUUUUGAUAUUCAACAGUGGUCACUGGUGGAUUUAUGAAAAAACUAUUAGAGAGGGAUGUUACUUUCAACAAGGUGGAGAAGUUAAUAUGACCAUGAGUAUUGAGACUGCAUACCGGAAGUCAAUUUCGACAUUGGUUGAUUGGAUAGGUCGUGAAGUGAAUAUGACCAAGACACAUGUCGUAUUUCGAACUUAUGCUCCUGUUCACUUCAGAGGAGGGGACUGGAAGACGGGCGGUAACUGUCAUCUGGAGAAGCUACCUAACAUAGGAUCGUCUCAAGAGUCGCUGAAGGCGUCAUUUGAAUAUAACACUGCAAUUAAGGUGCUGUCGGAGCAACAGAACAAAUCAAAAGCGUGGAAUUUGGAUUUAUUGAAUGUAACAGGGAUGACAUUUCAGAGAAGAGAUGGUCACUCGUCGUUGUAUUACCUAGGUUCUAAGGUUGGACCAGCUCCUCUCCACCGCCAAGACUGCAGCCAUUGGUGUCUCCCCGGUGUCCCUGAUACAUGGAACGAGCUUCUGUAUGCCACCUUCCUCAAACGGGAGCUAGCUCGUGCAAAAUUUUCCAGACAAACAUCUUGAUCUCCCACAGCAUGUUGUCUCCAACAUUUCAAAUGUUACAGCUCGUACCCUAGUACUAUAAGACCGCGAACCUUGGAUAGGACGCUCAGAAAAUCCUCAAAUUAAUGGUGCGUUUCUAUGGAGAUUAAAGAUUAGGAAUAUGCCUUUUACAAGAUUAAAUGUGGAAAUAUUUGGGGCAUUGUUUUCUUCAGAGCUGAUGACACAUUUUUGCAGUUGGUAUACUUAGGAGUAAGGAUUAUUUAGAAUCUUUACUUCACCAAAUUACUGGAGUAAUGUACAUAGCAUUGUAUGUUGUAUAGCUGAAGUGACAUUAACCCUUCAUACAAAAUUCUGCAGCAUUUGGUACAA